AUGGACUCGGGUGCUGAAGUGUCUGUAUUGAUCGCGUCGGCGGAGCGUUCGUCGUCUUCCACGCACGCGGCGCAGUUGGCCGAAGCGGCCCUCGCGCACGCGAGACGCAUCGUCGUGUUCAGCGGAGCCGGGAUAUGCGCCGAGAGCGGUAUUAACACCUUUCGCGAUCCCGAAGUGGGUGUGUGGAAAAACAAGAUUGCCCUGGCCCUCUUUGCAGUUCCGUUUGGCUGGCGUUGGAUGCCGACCAUGGCGUGGUGGGGAUACAAGAAGUUCCACACUCCCAUCGCCGCUGCACAGCCAAACGAAGGCCACCGUACCGUUGCUCGGCUGCGUGAUGAGCUUCACUUAGCCGACGCGGAUGCGGUGCAGGUGAUCACGCAGAAUGUCGAUGCCCUGCACCAACGUGCCGGCUCCCCAACAGAGUUUGUGUAUGAGGUGCACGGUUCUGUCUGGCGGCACCGCUGCAUAAAGAAUGGCCACCCAAUGGACCUUCUCGUGGAGGGAAAGCUCCCGGAAGCACAGCCGCGGUGUGCGAUUUGCGGUAGUCCAGCUCGUCCCGAUGUGGUCCUCUUCACCGAAAGCUUGCCGGAGGACGCGUGGCUGAAAUCGGAAGUGGCAGUCUGCGGUCUUCGCGCCGGAGACGUGCUGUUGGUCGUGGGCACCAGCGGCGUGGUGCAGCCCGGUGCGUCACUUCCGGAGCUGUGCGCUCCUGGAGUGGUGAAGAUUGAGGUCAACAUCGAGCACACGGCUCACAGCAAGGGGAUGAACGUGUGUAUUCGCCAGUCUAGUUCGAUAGCUCUCCCGCUGUUGCUGCAGCUAGCCAAAGAAGGGCGGGACCCAACCUAG